AUGGCUGAAGUAGUCCAAGGCGAGAGCUUCAGCAAACUCCGAAAGGGAUACAAGCCUGUAAUGGUCAAGAGAAAAGGUGCUGUCUGUGAAUACGGUUGUAUUGGCACCUUCCGGUCCGAGUGGGACUACCGACAACAUAAACUCUACGCCCAUGAGCACGAGAACGGGGCAACCACAUUGCGCAGCAUCAACGAAGCAGUCCGGGGCAUAGGUCGCCCUAAUCCAGUUGAUGCGCAUUCGCUCAGUGCCACCACCAAGCGUGAGGGCGACUGGACAUUUAUCCCAAGAAGCAGUCGCUCUGUCCCACAGUCCGAUCAUCAGUCAACCAAAAGUGCAUCGAGCACCAUUUGGCGAGGCGGUUUGACCCGCGUCCUCAGCAUCACCAAGAGGCCACCAGUGCCUCCCCGACCGGUUAUUUCCAACCCAAUCCCGCACCCUCGCUCGCUCGAAACCGCGGAAAGAAUCGGAGUCGACCUCGAGAUUGCCCGCUAUCACCACCAAUUGCCUUCCGGCUCCAACCUUCUUCCCAACGCGCUUGUGGAAAACCCUAUAGCACUCGAGGACAAGGAUUUUGAAUCGGAGAGCGAACCAGGUAGCGAUUAUUCGCUUCCAUCGUCGCCAUCGGAUCAGAUUUCCACCCCACAGGAUGUCCCUCGUAGUCUUCCCGUUGACGACCUCGGCAAUAAAAAAUCCCUUAGGAUGGUACAGUCAAGACCAGAGCUCAGGGUCCUUAUGCCACCAAACACGCAUAUGCAGGCUCGUCCUCCAUUGCCUCGAUCGCCAGGAUCUUUCUCUCGACCCACACCGGCCGCGUACCCGCUGCUCCUUCGGCAGAGCUCGACCUCUCAAGUGGACUUCAUCGCUUCUCCCAUCUCCCCUUCCACCCCAAAGACGGCUCCCGCUCGUCCUCCUCGUCCACCACUUCCCACGCGCAGUCCUGCUCGGACGACAAGGGCGACCCAUUCCGAAGACGGCCAUGGAGCACCAACGUCUUAUAAACCCCCUAAUUCUGCUGGUUGGAUGCGCAAAAGCCCAUCGCACGGUGUUCUCCGGAUCUAG